GACAGUGGCCAUUGCUUCUAGUGCUCAUGGUGCUGCUCUGCGCCCUGCUUCUUCACUCUACUUUUAUCCUCAGCUCUCCCCUGGGUCACAGACAGCAUCAGUCUUGCUCCCUCCCCUUGCCAUUUUCCCGUGCCUCUUGACACAGCAGCUGCAUCUUGCCUUUUGACUCUCUUCGCCGAAGCUUUCAGAUCCUUGCCUGCUUCUCUGAGAGCAGCAGCGCCGUCGGCUCUUAUUCGCCUGGCAGGAGAGAUGUCUUUGCCUUGAGGUGCUGCCGGUCUACCACGUCUUGUUCCCUCUUUUUCGGCCUCAGCAAGUUGCCGAAGAGGAAAGAGACAAGACUAAAACCUGCUGGUGGGGCAGGGGAGCUGUGAUGCUGGUCCCCAGCCUCCCGGAGGAAGCCUGAGCGCAGCGUUGCCAUAACGACAGCUCCUGCUGCUCCCUAGAUAAGGCGGGUAGGAACAUCAGUCGCGAUCCCAGCUCAGAAAAGUCCUGCUCCAGCAAGCCCCGACGCCGAAUCGCACCCUUCCCACCACUUCCUUCAAAAGGGGAGAAAAGGCCAUUUCAAUGAUGUCUACAGAAUGUGUUCAGCCACUUGAUAUCCCGGAAGACAGAUCAGACAAGCGAGAUUCACACUGUAACCAUUUAGAAGAUCUUUCAGAGCAGCUGAUUAAGAGCUGUGACCUCAAAAAGAAACCAAGAAAAGGUAAAACCAUCCCAGCUUCCCAAAACACUGAACAGGAGCAGAAAAAGCCAAGAAGAAAAGAUACACCAGCUUUGCACACCCCACCACCUUUAACAGGCAUUCUUUCAGACUUUUCUGAUAAUCUACUGAAAAAGUAUGGUAUCACAGAGAAGCCACAGAGAGAGAGAGUGACUCCAGGCUCUCAGAUCACUGAAAUGGAGCAGAAAAAGCCCAGGAGGAAAGAUACACCUGCAAUACACAUCCCACCCUUGAUAAUAGGCACUAAGCUGAUUACAGAAGAAAAGCAAACAGUGAUUAUGGAAGAUGAAGAAAAGGACGGAGACACAAUCCCCAGUUAAGAAUACAGUGAUCUUUCCAAUAAUGCAGUGUAAAUAAUUCUGGGUCAUUCAAAGUGGCAGCACAUAUCAAAACCAGUAAUUUUGUUUUUAUAUAUAAUUUUCUUAAGCAUGCACUUGAAUUUAAAUUAUCUUCAAGUGCUUAUCUACAUCUCACGAAAUUGCAGCAAGCACCAUAGGAGAUAAUGACAGAAAUUUCACUUACAAGUGGGACUGGAAGGACUCUCUUGGUUUGUUAAAAGCAGCUUCCCAGGAUUUUUGUCAAUGAGGAAUCCACCUCAGGUCAGAUCUAGCUUUGUGCAGCAUGGCGAUAAGGGUUAACACGAAGGGCAUCACCAGUCCAUUGCACCUAGGACUAGAUAUCAAGGCAGUUGGUAGCAUAGGGCUGUAAAACAUCAACUAUAAUUAUUCAAAUUGCAUUUUUCUCCUGACAAUUUGCCUUGUUCAUCCAGCUUUCCUCUGCUAUAAUAACACUGACUGCAGUAGGAAUUCCCAUCUGCAGAGCUGAUGGGAUAGAUGGAGAAAAUAGGAGGGCAGGAAUCAACUCUAGAG